AUGGUGAUGGUAAAAGCCAGUGGGAAAAGAGGUAGAGAACAAGCCAGAGUCAAGGCCGCUCACUGCUCUCCAAGAGAACUACUAACCAACACGGAAACCCUCGGCCAGCAACUGCUGCCUCAACCAAACUCAACAAUUCUUCACCUUCGUAUAUAUAUGUAUGAAAAAGAUAAACCAAAUAGUACAACGAUGAAUGGCUCGCCAGGUAAUUUAAAUAUGGAUCAAAUGGGCGUUAAAAUAGAACCUACGGAAGCGGAAUGUUUGACAAUGCCUGGAAGCACCAUUGGAUUGUCAUCGAGUUGGCCGAACGAUGUGAAAGCACCUAGUCCUGAGCAAGAAGAAUUAAUAAGCAGCCUUGUUUUCUUCCAAGGAGAAUUUGAGCAUCCUAAUGAGGAAGAGAUUAAAAAGAUCACGGUUAAUCGGCCAAACUUACUAGAAGCCUGGAAGGUAGAACAAAUCCAAGAAGUGUACCUAAACGCAUUGAAAGCCUACGUGGACAACCGACGCAGGCCAAACUCAACGAUGAUAUUCGCGAAGCUGCUGUCAGUUCUUACCGAGUUGAGGACACUCGGUAACCAGAACAGCGAAAUGUGCUUCAGUUUGAAGCUGAAGAACAAAAAGCUACCUCCCUUCCUUGCUGAGAUCUGGGACGUGAUGCCCUAG